GCUCCUCUUUUUUUAAAAUUCCAUAUUGUUCUCAGGAUUUUUCAUGGCUUUCAAACAACAGAAAAGAAAAAGGCCUGUGUGAGCUCACCUGGAGAGAAAAUGUUUCACUUCUGGAAGUUCCCUUUCUGGAGGUCCAGUCGCCUCUCUCCCAUCUCAGACACAGAGCAGGAGAAACAGCAGGAGAAACAGCAGGAGAUCGAAAUUGAAGACUAUGAACUGGAUACCAAAUCAUCCUUUGAAAAUAUGAUGGGUGCUCAGCCCUCCCAGCAACAGUUACUGGUCUCGAAAAUUCAGUUAAUGACACCUGUUGAGAAGACUGUGGUGCUGAAAUCUAUCCAGACUUCCAUAGCAAACUAUCUAGAGGUAGAAUCUGAGUUCAUCUCAUUAGGAUCAUUUGACACUGAUCUCCAGGAUCUCAUUUCCACAAUGACAGAACCUACAAAUUUCCUGGACAAGAAAUUUCUCUUUUACUGUUAUGGAUUGAUCCUCAGAGAAUCCUUAGAGAAGGUAAACAUAAAGAUGUACUUGGCUGCUCUCCUAGAGAUGUCUCACCAGGUAGCCUGCCAACGAGAGGGCAUAGCACUAGCUGUUGGGCUGGCAUCAUCCAGUCACCGGGAAGUAGCCUGGGCCGUACUGGAGCAAUUUGGUCAAAAAAGAAUAAUGAAAUUUAGCCGAAAAGCUACUACUUCCAAGGUCAUGCAUGACAUUUAUUGGAAGUGGGCAAGCAGUACAGCCCUCCUAUGCUACGGGCAGAUGGCCAUCCAUGCCAAGAAUAGCAACCUCCCAUGGGUAGACAAAAUCAUGUCCAAGAUGGUAUACUACUUCAACUGCAGCAGAUAUGAUGAAGUCCUGAAGAGUAGUUUCCUCAGUGCCACAAUUAAGAUCGCCAUAACACUCAAGAGAGAUAAUUCAGGAAAGGGCUACACAUUCAAACAGCUCCCAAGUCUAAUAGACUGUAUACUGACCAGCUUUCAGAAUGAGCCUCAAGAAUUUUUUGAUUCAUAUUUUCAGCAGAAGAGCCUACAAGUUAUCAGCACAUUGAGCUCCCUACAACCAGGUUUCAGUACAAAGGUCAAAACUAAAGUGCUCAGCAUCUGCUUUAAAAGCCUGUUCGUUCUUCCAGCCACAGAGAUGUUAACAGGCAGUCUGUCUGGUCAGAACAUUCCACCUGAUGUCGAGACCCUACAUAACAAGACUAUGGAGAACCUUGAUCAGCUUCUCCAGAGUUUCCUCUCUGAGAAUCAGACAAUGGAAGAGCUCGAGUUUCUCCUGGAGCAUUUUGAGCCCUGGCUCCUGACCAAUAAGCCUAAUGAAAGGCUUCAGGCCCUGCAGACUGCCUUGAAACUCCUACAGUACUCCCAGAAAAACUUGAAUCUAACUACAGAGACGUCGCUGUCAAUGAUGGGGCAUCUGUUAGCUUUGUUCAGUCUUCUUUGGCGGGAUGAAUAUAAAGAAAACCAGCACUGUGCUCGACAAUGCAUUUUGCAUCUCAUGCAGCUCCUGACACAAAAAAGGACUGAGGAAAGCUAUAAGUGCAUAUUUGCAUGGAAGCAACUGAGAAAUUUGGACAUGAAGUUCUUGAAGGAAGUGAACCAAAAUUGCUUCAGUCUGGUGAAGAUGUUUGGGAAAAACCUCUCAGUGAACCAAAAUACUCAACUCAUCCUGACCUUCCUGAAUGGCCUAAUGAGCAGCAACCAAAUCCGAGUAAAUCUGGCUUUGGAGUUGUUUAACAUUUUCCUGGAAACCCAAGGACUCAAGUUUGAGCAGGUGGCGGAUGUGUUUCGGGGUAUGUACAAGGUGCUCCCCUCUGUCAUAUUCUCAGAUGUCCGGCUGUCCCUUCUGAAAACAAUCCCAAAGUUGGGACAACAAUACACUCAGGAGGUAGUUGAAGUACUCCUCUCCUUCGCCCGACCAGUGGACAGACAGGUCAUGGAUAUGUGGAAGAUCAUGGCAGUGGAUAAACACCUAAUGAGGAGACUGAUGACUCUAUUGUACCUCAAAAUGAAGGUCCGGCCAUCAGAAGAAGAUAUGAUUUUAAAAAAUAUAAAGGAUAAGACAGAACUGACAUCCAUAGAGGCACUGAAUACAAUGUAUGAGCUCCUUUACAUCCAGGAGUUCCGGUUAACAGUCCACUGGGCCUUUUCUGGUAUUUUUUUGGGCCUGUUGACACAGCUGCACUACCUCUUUGAAUUGAACAUGGUUGACACCUCCCUGGACAGCUUUGAAAAUACCCUGAAGUUGGAGUAUCUCAGUCCUUUCAGGACAUGUCUAGAGGCCCUGAAAGGUCUCUUCUGGACUACUGACAAUUGGGAGAUAUUUGCCUAUAUGAAGCUACAACAGGGCUGGGACCUUUUCAAGAAGAUGAAUACAUUCAAAGAGGGUGUGACUCUCCUGACUAGGGCCAUAACUCACUAUAAGUGUGAGAUCAAGAACAUUUUAAGUCAUGCCAUGCUUAGCAUGAAGAGUCCAUACGAGCGGGAUCAUUUGGUAGGCAUCCUCGUUAUCAUUGAGCUUCUCAACAGCAAAGAGGUCUCACGAUACAAAUCUCGGCGGACUAUCUGGAGCUUCCUAACUUCCUCCCUGAGAAAUUCCAACAUGGUGGUACAGACCAUGAGCUUGCAGGGGUUGGGUAGCCUUCUACUUCAACCUGGGAAGGGAAAUCUGCUCCGGAGCCAACUAUCUGACCUGAUGGAAGGAUUAUUGGAUCAGGAAGAGGAGAACAUUUUGGUACUUAUAAGCAUCAUUGGUGAAAUCCUGCAUCGCCUGACUUUACAGGGUGCUGGCUCCAACAGCCUCAAGGUGGCAGAGCAGCUGUAUGAUCUCUUUGAUGAUGAGAGAGAGAAAGUUCGAGGGGAAGCCAUCUUCCUCUAUGGAGAUGUGAUCUAUAGUGCUGGGAAGAAGUAUGAGGAACAACUGAAGAUUCAUGCUUUCCAGUGCCUGGUUCCUCUCCUCUUCCAUUUGGCUGAUUCGUGCCCAGAGGUUGUUGUGAAAACCAAAUCCACAUUUAUGCGUCUUGCCAUAUUAUUCAAAUGGGGCUUUCGGAAGGAACUGUUCAGCACAUUAGCCUGGAGAGAGGGCCUGGGAGCUGAGAAUGACAUUUUUCUCUACAUGGUAGAGAGCAAUUUUGGAGAGUACCAUUUGUUCCUCUUGCAGGCUUUUAUGUAUGUUAAGAGCCCUCAGAAGAACCUCCAACGGGCUGCCAUGAAAUUUAUUGGUGGAAUGCUUCAGGAGUAUUUUUCUGAUCUCUGCUUUUAUCUGAACAAGUCAGAUGUGAAGCUACUGGCAAAAAAGUUUGAAGAACUGAGAAGAGACCAAGACCCCAAUAUCAGAAAGUUCUACCUGAAUUAUUCAGAAGAUAUCUAUGAGCUGUCCAAAUAUGUGUCCUGAAGCUUU